AUGACCCCAACCGAUACCCAAAAAGGCUUGGAAAGCAAAAUCCAAGAGUCAUGCUCCCUUCCGGGACAGUUGGCGGGCGACUUGGCGGCGGGUGCUGUCUCCGCCAUGCUGAUCUCUCCGGCAAUUACCAUGCUAGACAGGGCCGUGGUUGAGCGGACAACCACAGGACGGCCCCUCAUCCGAGGUCUCAUCUCACAGCUACGCUCCGCCAUCCGUCGACCCCGCGGUUUCUUCCUCACCCGGCCGCUCGGCAUCGUCUGGACCCUGUACGCGGCAACCUACGUCACCGCCAACGCCGCGACGACGGUGGCCGUGAGAUACGACGGCGCCGCUGCCGUAGGCACCGCCACCUUCGCCUCCACCCUGCUCGUCAAUGUUCCCCUCGGUGUAUGGAAAGACCUCCGCUUCGCCGAGAUCUUUGGUUCCGGAUCAACACUCGAGGCGGGCAAGUCGGUGACGACAACGACGACGACGACGACGACGGCGGCGGCACCCCGGGGCCUUCCCAGGGCCGCAACGGCGACGUUCCUCCUCAGAGAUGCCGUGACCAUCUUCGGCUCCUUCACGCUGCCGGGCUGGGUAUCGUCGGCCAUCCCAGACUCCGUGAUGGUGUCCUCACAUUCCAAGACAACCAUCACGCAGCUGGCAGUCCCCGUCGUCUCGCAGCUGGUGGCCUCGCCGAUCCACCUCAUUGCGCUGGACUACUACGAGAGGCAGACCCGGUUGCCGUUCUCCGACAGAGUGGCCCGGACGCGGGGGCAUGUGCCGUCGACGGUUGUCAUGCGUUGCGUCAGGAUCAUACCGGCGUUUGGCAUCGGGUGUUUGGCGAAUCUGGAGUUUCGGACAUUCUUUCAAAGCUGGGCUUCCAGGGUGACAUAG